AUGGGUUUUACCUUAAAACGACUUACAGUUGUACCAGACAGCCAUAAUACUCCUGAAACAAUUCAACAAAAAAAAGAAUAUGUACAAAAGAUAUAUAAUGAAAAUAUUAACAUUUAUAGAAAUAUGGUCUAUAUUGACGAAACUGGCUUUAAUUUACAUCUUUCAAAAUCAAGAGAUCAUAUGCACCGUGGUCGGCCUGCUAUUUGUAAAGUC